CGCACCAACCCCUCAGAUUCAUUCAUCGUUUCGCGCCACCCUUCGCACCUGCGCUGUUCAUGCGUUUGCGUGACCGUACAAAACAGAACCGAUCGUCGUCAAAAUCAAUCAAAAUAUUUUUGGCUUGUUAGCGCGAAACAUCUCCACAACAAAACUCAGUUAACAAAAAACAAAACCCUAUAUACUGUAAGCCCGUUUAUCGCGCGCUCGUUUUAUCGGGGCCAAUAUUUGCGGUGCGCGAUAGGACACUGCCGGGGCAGGCAGUUUUAUCUCCACCACAGCAGGCAGUUGCGGUUGUAAUGUGAUGUGAUUGUUUACACACAGAUAUUACAACAAUGCACUUGGAACGGCGCUGGUGGUGGUUCAGUGUGGUGGUGGGGCAAAGUCGUCGUCAGGUCACCAGCAGCGGUUGGUGAAUCGUUCGAUCGUUCUCCCGUGUUCCGCCUGAAACUCAGCACAAGCCUUCGGGUCAUUUAAUGACGAUCGGUUGUACAACACGGUCGCACACAGCCGUAACACAAGCAGCAGGGAAGCACUGGGAUGGAGUCGCUUGAUACGGCCAGUCUGCUGUUCGAGGAGAAACCGCUCCACACGCCACCCCUGGUGGAAUUGCGUGAUGUGCUGGCGGUCGGCUUAAAGUCUUGCUUCGCGACGGUCAAUGUGGAGGUGGUAGAGUGUCCGGACUUGAGCAAAGCUCCCUUUCAUCUCGCGGGAAGUGGACUGAACGGCACCCCAGCCUUGGUCGAAAUCGGUGGACCACCGUACCUGCUGCCAACUGUCGACCGCACCAAACUGUACGAUGUCGUAUCCGUCGCCAAACGUGCGCUACACGACGAGCAGAAAGCGUUCAUCGCUAUCGGUGCCGGUGCCGGUCCCUUCCCGCUGGUCAACUCCAACUGCGAGGGUAUGUUCAACGUACGCUACACGCCACCCGGCACGGUGGUGAGUGAAAGUCACCUCGCAAUGGUAACGCCCGACCGGGAGGUGGUGGUACGAAAGGUGCCCAACACCGAGACACGCUGCGCACUGCUCGGCAAUCUGCUCGUUGCCGAGGGCAGUGCCGGCCCGGUGCUAAAGGUAAGCUGCAAGCGGCGCACCGGCAACAAAGAUUUCAUCGCCAGCAUCCGUACCUGUCUGGAGGAUCGGUACGGCGAGCAAACCGUCGGGCUCGGUGGCGUCUUUCUGCUGCAAGCCGGCAAAGCGAAACAGCACGUCAUGUCCCCGUUCUCGGAAACGCCCAUCCACACGGAGGAGCAGCUGAACGCGUGGCUCAACUUCUACGAUAUGCCGGCACCGCUCAUCAACCUUGGCACGCUCGUCACGAACGAGUGCGAUCUGGAUCUGCGGCUGCAGCACUUCCACAGCUUUUCCACGCACGGGCACGGUGGCCACUACCACAUCGAUACGACACCGGAGGUGGUCGAGUAUGAAGGAUACUUUGUGGCGGGCGAGCGGAUUGUGCGUGUCGACAAACCGGUCCAUACGCACAAGUUCGGAAGGGACUAGUGCAGCAGUUGCAUCGUAAAAAAAAAUUGCAUCCACAAACGGGGAGGAAGCAGAAGGGGGUAGCCGGGGUAGGGUAUGUGCCGUGGGGGGUUAUUUAAUCAAACCUUGAUAAAGCACUGUAGCGCUUUGCCGUUUUGCACACGGGCGCAAAUGUAGGCCACAAAUGCCGAGGGCUAGCGCUCACUGAUAAGCCGGGAAGCAGACUGGCGGCGAUCGCAACUUGACCGCGAACCGAUCGAGGCCGUUGCAGCUUGCUUUGCGUUUGUUUGACAGGCCCGAAAAUUGGUUUCUGGUGAGUAGUUGAUUGUUUUUACCCCCCCUCGCUGGGUGACAAAUUGCUGAUAAGCUGGUAGUUAUGAAUGGGAUUAAUUGGGCGAGAAAUACAUGGGAAUCAGUUGAAGUGUAGCAGUCUAAUGCGUA